AUGCAUUAUUCUUGUGAAGUUUGUCAUGUUUCAUGCCAUUCUGAGGCUUCUUUAAACGCACAUUACGGGGGAAAAAAGCAUGCAGAAAAUGUGAAAGAGGAGCGAUUUCAGAGGGAGAUUGAAUAUGGUACAGAAUGGCUUGAAGAAAUAAAGUUUAAGGAUGCUUCAAGUGCUGAAAGAUUCUUAAAAAAUGGUAAUUUCCAAUUGAAUGGCCAUGAAAUUAUCGUUGAAAAAAGAAAAGUAUCGUUUUCCAGUAUCAUAAAGAGAUUAAAAUAUGCUGACAUUGAUAUAAAUACAAUAGAAGAGCUAUUAGAGAACGAAAAUGACUUUGAAAAGCAAAUAGAGAUCCUCGUUAAUUCUCUUACUAUGGAUAAAGAAAAAAUUCAAAGAAGAUUGAAUAUAAUAAAUGAACUUGCCACAUGUGUUCAAAAAUAUUUCAUUCCGUCAUUAAAUAUUCAGGUAUUUGGUAGCCUUAUUUCUGGUUUAUCAACAAAAUAUUCUGACGUAGAUGGAACAUUGCUUUUUGCAGAAAAAUUUGACGGUAAUAAAGUAAACAAUAAUAAUAUUGUCUAUCGAAAUGCUGAAACUCUAUUAGCAUUAGAUCCACAAAUGUUUCUACAAAAUGGUAUUACGCUUCAAGAAUUUUCAUUACUUUCAGUGCAAAACCGUGUUAGACUUCUUUGCAAAAUCAUUUCACAUAUUAAAAAAACAAUAGGAAUUGUAACUCAAAUUAGUUUUAUUUUAAAUAAAAAAGUACCAAUACUUCAAAUAGCUAUAAGGAACAAAUUUAUUCUAGAUUUAAGUUGUGAUAAUCAACUUGGAGUUGUUAAAUUCAACUGGUUUGCAGACAUUAUAAAAUUUGAUACAACGGGCAGAGUUUUUAAAUUUAUAUUCGCUCUACGUCUUUGGUCUUCAACAACAAAUUUAUUAAGAGGAAAAAAUUCACAGGAAAAUAGCGGAUACUUUACUUCUUAUUCAAUUACACUGAUGGCUAUUUUUUAUCUUAGAAAUAAAAAUUUUAUCCCAAGUAAUGUGGUAAAUAAUAGUCUUAUUGUUAAUGGAUUCAAUUGUGGUUAUAAAGUUUCUCCUUAUCAAUUUCCAGAUGUCACCAUGUCUUUUCUUUUUCGUGAUUUCUUUACUUUUAUUGCAACAAAAUUCAACCCGAAAUUAAUAAUGUGCCUUCCUAUUGAAAAAAUUCUUUCUAUAAAGGAAUUUAAUGAUUACUAUAAUUUUGAUGAAGAUACUCAGAAGAAGUUUUCCUCUGCUGUAAAUAUUCAAGAUCCUCUUGAGAUUACCCAUAAUAUUGGUCAGAGGGUUACUUUUAAAUAUUGGAGAAAAAUGAAAACAAAUAUGUUAUUAUCUAUUGCUAAAAUCAAAGCACGUGAAAAUUUUUUAUCAAUUUUAAAAAUAAAAGGACAUAAUGAUAGUCAUGAACACAAUGAAACAAUGACUGAUAUAUGUGAAGAAGGCGAAGAGUUAAAAAAACUUUGUGAGGUUGAUGUUCCAACUACAUUACCUCAAGAAGUUUUUUAUUCACUUUUAAAUGAAAUUUUGGAACAAAUAGUUUUACUUGAUUCUGUAUUUGAUGAUACUUAUAUGGAUGAUUCAAGAGAAGUAGCUGGUAUUACAGGUAAUGAUGGACAUUGGGUAAGAUUGUUUGCCACUUCAACACCUGUAUGGAUAGGAAGAAGGAAAAUAAGAAGGCAUAUAGAAACUAUAGAUGGUGAGAAAACUUUGUCACUUGAGAAAAGAGUUACGAAAAAAAUUAUGGAAGAAAGGAAUAAGUCUUUUGAAAUGUGUCCAUCUGAGGUAAUAACAGUUUUUAAACUGGAAGGAUGUUAUGAGACUGGAAAAUAUAAGAUAUUUUAUGCCAAAGAUCCUGAUUUGCAUCAUGAACAAGAAAAGUUUCUAUCUGAUAUUCUGCAUUUUCUACAAUAUUUUAUUCCAAACGUUAUGAGUAAAACAUUAACUGAGAUAGAUAUUGAAACCGACCUAAGGUCCAAAAGUUUUUAUGAAGAUACAAGUAAUUUACCUGCAUCACCCAAUAAAUCAUCUUCGCAUGCACUUAAUCAUAACUAUGAACAUGGAUCUCCUACCGUAAAGGAAAAAACUUCUUUUAAUUUUCUAGAACCACCACCCGCUACGCAAUAUAAUAGAUUUAUUCCAAAAAGUCCCCCUUGCUUAGAAGGAUCACUUGCACCGCAAUAUAACACAGAACACCCUGAAAAAUAUAUGAAUAAAUCUGAAAAGCAACUCCAAGAAUAUCCAGUAAAUCAUCAACUAGACUACAAUCAACCACUGAAUCAUCAACUAGUGAACAAUCAACAAAUGAACAAUCAACAAAUGAACGAUCAGCCAAUUAAUAAACCACCGGCUAAACGGCAAGCUUUGUUGAUUCCAGCACCACCUAAACCACUAUCUCCAAUAGAAAUAGUUGUUCCAAAAGAACCUUAUCACAUUCCACCUGUUAAUCAUCCAAAUUAUAUUGAUAAUAUCCAAAAAGAUGCACCAAAUAUCCCUAUUAAAAAUAUUUUAAAGAUAUUAUUAAGGUUUUAG